AUGUCCACAUCAAUCGGCGCCCGACGAUUCGAUUCGUCCGACCCACGGCGGCCAGAGCUUUGUCGACCGUACAAGCUACCCAACAGCUGGGCCGACGGUGAGACGGACAUCUUCGCAGGGCUUCUCGGCACGAUGCUGAGCGGAGCAAGUAUGCUCACACGCAUGCCGCAAUUCGCUUACGUCGGCUUCCUCUUCGCCUGUGCCCACUUCGCGCAUGACCGGCCGCUUUCCCGAGGGAAGCAAGAUACGGGGACCGGUGGACCGUGGACGAGUCUGAUAUUCUCUUUUAUGGCAAUGGUUACUACAGCCCUUCCCAAGCUGCUUGGGCAAAACACUAUAUCCUUCACUGCAUUAAAGCAGAGCAAUGCAAGCGCAUGAGGGGCACCAUGGGUGUAUGGUAGAGUGCAUAUGGAUCCGGGUGGACCGAGAGUAGGUGUGAGGCCAGCGAUCAAUGGCAUGUGCGUUGGUUGCUUCAUGUGAAGUAAAAUACACCUAAGAUGCCCAGGCAUUGUCCUCUUCCGGCAGCAAAGCAUGAGUAGCGAUGGACCUGCUCUGUCCUGCAUCCUCCUCUUCGUAAUCAUCACUAUCCGGCUCUG